GAUCUUGAAAUUUUCACAUUUUUCCUUUCGAGGUUAUGAUGAAAGAGAAACGGGGAGUGGUAAUGCUCAAGCUGUUACUGGGAGGUACUGCUGUGUUCUCCGGUAUCUGCCUGUUCAAUGGCAACCAUAGAUUUUACUCAGAAGUUGUUAUGCCAACCGCGCGCCUUCUCGACGCAGAGAUGAGUCACAAUUUGGCUAUCAAACUUGCCUCCUAUGGGAUCUUACCGCGUGUGAAAUUACACAAAGACGAAGCUUUGAAGUGUGACCUUUUAGGUCUGAAGUUUGAUUCCCCGCUUGGCUUAGCCGCUGGUUUUGACAAAGAUGCUGAGUGUUUUGAUUCGCUGAAAACCCUAGGGUUCGGGUUUGUGGAAAUUGGAACAGUUACACCUAAACCACAGUUUGGAAACCCGAAACCUCGGCUUUUUCGUUUAAUUGAAGACAAAGCCAUCAUCAAUCGUUUCGGGUUCAAUAGCUCUGGAGUUGAUUAUGUGAAGGCUAAACUAGCAAAAAGGAAAUGGGCUGAAAAUAUUGUCGGCGUGAAUUUAGGCGUGAACAAAAAUAGUUCAAAUGCGUUGGAAGAUUACCAAAUUGGGAUAUCUGAGCUGGGACCCUAUGCCGAUUACCUUGUCGUUAAUGUGUCCAGUCCAAAUACACCUGGUUUGAGAUCCCUUCAAACUAAGAAGCAUUUUGACACACUAUUGAAAUCUGUUAUGUCAGAACGCAACAAGUUAAAAAGCAAACCGCCUUUAUUAGUCAAAAUUGCGCCUGAUUUGACUAUUGACGAGCUGAAAGAAAUUUGCCAAUCUGUGAUUUUGAACAAAAUAGACGGCUUGAUAGUUUGUAACACAACAGUGUCGAGAAAAAAUUUGAAUUCACCUGAAAAUUUGCGCGAAGAGGUUGGAGGCUUAAGUGGUGCUCCGUUAUUUGAAACUUCGAACGAGAUGAUUAAAUCAGCUUAUAAUUUUACAAGAGGAACUGUUCCAAUAAUAGGAGUUGGUGGUAUAUUUUCUGGUCAAGAUGUCGUGGAGAAAAUGAAACACGGUGCAAGUCUGGUGCAGAUGUACACUGGGUUCGUUUACCAGGGAUCAACUUGCGUCAAUGAAAUAAACAAAGAAAUUAGCCAGGAGCUGGAAGCUGAAAAUGUAACGAAUAUUAAUGAAGUUGUGGGACAAUACGCCAAAUUGAAAUGAGAACUAAAAAAAACUUCUAUCUGUAAUAAUUAAUGUUUUCAAUAAAUAAAAACAGAUCAUCUAAUGGUUCAUGAAUGAUGAAAUAUUGAUAAAAAUUGAUUUGAUAUCUUGUGAAUUUAUUAUUGUGCUGUUA